GUAAAAUAUCAUUGUUUUCAAACAUCAUAUCCAUUUUAAUUUCCGUAUUGUAUUUGGUUCCAGUCGACGACAAUAACGAAAGAGGGAUUCCGAUAUGUCUCUUUCGAAACCAUUGCUGGUUGCAGCCAUAGAUUUCGGUACGAUGUACUCGAGUUGGGCGUUCUCCUUUCGUCAUGAAUACGAAAGUGAUCCAACACAGAUAUCAGCAAAACAGUGGCUGAAACAUGAAUCGACGAAGGGACCAACAACGGUUUUGAUAAAACCCGAUGGAAGAACCCUGGAGGCAUUUGUCUUUGAGGCGGAGACAAGAUACGCAGAACUGAUAGACGAAGAGGCGCAUGAAUCGUACUACUUCUUCAAAAGGUUUAAAAUGAAGUUAUGGAACCAGAAAAUCGAACGGGAUAUGGUCAUUCAAGACGAAAAUAGUCGUUAUCUAUCUGCAAAAACUGUGUUUGCACCAUCGAUCAAGCUGGUAUCGAAGAAACAAGUUGCUCUAGAACCAGAGGCAGCGUCAUUGUUUUGUCGCCACCUACCGGUUGAACGAAGAGGAAAUAAAACGUCGCUCGGCAUACCGAAAGCUGGACAGAGAUAUCUGGUGUUGGAUGCGGGAGGUGGGACAAUAGAUAUCACCGUCCAUGGAGUGUUGCGUUCGAUGGAGGUAAAGGAACUGUACAAGGCGAGCGGCGGUGCGUGGGGUGGAACUAAGGUCGACGAAGCCUUCAAAGGUUUCAUCAAUGACAUUGCAGGGUUCGACGCCAUGGCCGAUUUAAAGCGAAACCACUUGUACGAUUUCAUUGAUUUGUUUCGUCGAUUCGAAAACAAGAAGCGGUCCAUUUCUCCAGACAAGGACAGCAAGAUGAUUAUACCCCUUCCUCUGUCCCUGUGUACCUUGAUAGAGAAACGACAGGGACGAGCCUUGUGUGACCUCAUCAAGAACACGUAUUACGCCUCUUCGGUGUCAAUGACAAACGAAAAGGUCAAGAUCGACGCUAGCGUUGCCAGACGGUAUUUCGAAACAUGUGUUUCAAGCACUGUUGGGCACUUGAAGAACAUUCUAAGCUUGCCAGUAAACAGGGGUGUAGAAGCUAUUUUGAUGGUAGGUGGAUUUUCCGAAUCGCCUAUGCUUCAACACGCUGUGAGCAAAGAGUUCGGAGCUCUAAAAAGAAUUGUUCCACGGGAAGCAAGCCUGGCAGUACUGAAAGGGGCUGUAAUAUUUGGGCACAACACAAAAGCUAUCAAAGAACUAUCGACAGGGUUUGAAGCAAAGAUUGCAGCUUUAGUAGAAAAACUAUCAGAAGAAGAGCAUGAGAUUCAGGAAUGGAAACUGAAAAUAGAAACACCUGAACAACAUAUGGUGGAAGUAAAACGGAAUAAGGAAGAAGUUCUUAGCCGACGUAAGAGAGGGGUAGUUGAUCAUAGACUUGGACUUUUUGUUGGCAAGCCGGGCCCCCCAGGCAUCCCUGGACACCAAGGUCCACCAGGCAGAAUCGGAUCUAUAGGUCAGAAAGGUCACAAAGGCACCAGUGGACGCCCAGGCUUACGCGGCCCACCAGGCCCAUACGGGCAUCCUGGCUGGCCCGGACCACCAGGUUUUGUCGGCUUCCCGGGCAAGAUAGGUGAGAAAGGUUUCCCUUGUUACGACGGAAUCCCUGGGAUUAUCGGUGACGUAGGCUGGGCUGGUGUAAAUGGCAAACAUGGGUUUAGAGGCCCUCCUGGGUAA